AUGGACAUGAACAUGACGGGCCCGGACAACGCGACGCUGCGGAUGCUGCGGAACCCGGCGAUCGCCGUGGCGCUGCCCGUCGUGUACUCGCUCGUGGCGCUGGUCAGCAUCCCGGGCAACCUGUUCUCGCUGUGGGUGCUGUGCCGCCACAUCGGGCCCAAGUCGCCGUCCGCCAUCUUCAUGAUCAACCUGAGCGUCACGGACCUGAUGCUGGCCAGCGUGCUGCCCUUCCAGAUCUACUACCACUUCAACCGCAACCACUGGGUGUUCGGCGUGGUGCUCUGCAACGUGGUCACCGUGGCCUUCUACGCCAACAUGUACUCCAGCAUCCUGACCAUGACGUGCAUCAGCGUCGAGCGCUUCCUGGGCGUCGUGUACCCGCUGAGCGCCGCGCGCUGGCGCCGCCGCCGGUACGCGCUGGCCGCGUGCGCGGGCGCCUGGCUGCUGCUGCUGGCCGCGCUGUCGCCGCUGGCGCGCACCGACCUCACCUACGCCGUGCACGACCUGGGCAUCGUCACCUGCUUCGACGUGCUCAAGAGGACCAUGCUGCCCACCGUGGCCAUGUGGGCCGUGUUCCUCUUCACCAUCUUCGUGCUGCUCUUCCUCCUCCCCUUCGUCAUCACCGUGGCCUGCUACACGGCCACCAUCCUCAAACUGCUGCGCAGCGCCGACGGCCACAGCCGCGGGCAGCGGCGGCGCUCCGUGUGCUUGGCCGCCGUGGUGCUGCUGGCCUUCGUCACCUGCUUCGCGCCCAACAACUUCGUGCUGCUGGCGCACAUGGUCAGCCGCCUCUUCUACGGCGGCAGCUACUACCACGUGUACAAGCUCACGCUGUGCCUCAGCUGCGUCAACAACUGCCUGGACCCCUUCGUGUACUACUUCGCGUCGCGCGAGUUCCAGCUGUGCCUGCGGGACUACCUGGGCUACGGCCGGCUGCCCGCCGACAGCCAGGACGCGCGCCGCGACAGCCUGUUCUCCGCGCGCACCGCGUCCGCGCGCUCCGCGUCCUGCGCCCCCGACGACGGGCAGGACGGGGCCGGCAGGCCCGGCCCGCAGAGGCGCGAGAGCGAGUUCUGA